AUCUACUGGUCACAUAUUGACAACUACACAAAUGGAAAAAUCCACCGUGUAUGUGGGAAAUAUCCCUUAUGACUACACAGAAGAGCAGGUGUUAGAGAUUGCACUGUCUGUUGGUCCUGUUGACGACUUGAGGUUGCUCUUCGAUCCCGUUAGUGGUAAAUCUAAAGGGUACGCAUUUGUCAAAUAUAGUGAUAGGGAAACUGCAGCUUCAGCUGUUCGAAACUUGAACAAUCACUCGAUUGGAAACAGAAACCUCAAGUGUUCGUUAUCCAAUGAAACCAGCCAAUUCGAAACCGGAAUUGAAAAUGAAGAGUUGCCUCCUCUCCCUUUGGGCGUCCAGAUCUUUCCCAACCAAACUACUGGACAGGUCAUAUCGAGUAUCUUGUCAACGUUGGAUGAACAGACUGCUCUGCAGAUCCUCAAAGAAGCUAAGGACAUGAGCUCGACCAAUCCUAUAAUGAUGGAGAGAUUACUAGAAAAGUGUCCUCAGUUGGCACAUGCUUUGGCAGAGACUGCCAUUCUCUUAAAUGUGACCACUCCCGAGACGGUAGAGAUAUGCAUAAACCGGAAAAAGAGGCCCAUUUUCCAGCUUUCUCCCGAACAAAUAAAUACCUUAAGGGCUGUUAAACAGCUUAAAGACGACGAUAUUCAAGACUUAGAGAAAUCUAAACAAGAGAUUAUGAUAAAAUUGAAAACCGAAAUAAACAGUGACUCUUUCGGGCCUAUAUGAUUCACCGCAUGGUUCAAUUCGACAUUCUGUACAUUAGUUAGACUCAUAUAAUAAAUCAUCUCCGUUUCCCAUC